ACGGCUCUGCUAAUGCUAACGUUAGCUCUGCUGUCGUUCCGCAACGGCCGCACUUUGGCGCAGAAUAUAGAUGCAUGCAGUUUUUUGGGCUCACCAGCUCAUAGUACUGUCGUCUUCUCGAACUCAAAUCUCACACAAGGCACAGUCGCUUCCUACACUUGUGAGCGUGGCUUCGAGCUACUCGGUCCCGCACGGCGUGUUUGCGACAAGGGACAGUGGGUACCAGAGGGUAUACCGUUUUGUGUGCUGAACGUGGCUGCAGGUAAAGCCCCAAUGCAAAUCUCAACAGAAGGUGCAGGGGCACCGCAAAAAGCUAUCGAUGGCUCAACAUCGGCCUUCUUUACGGCGGAGACUUGUUCGCUGACCAAGCCGGAACGAUCACCCUGGUGGUAUGUGAACCUUCUAGAACCCUAUAUGGUCCAGCUGGUGCGUUUAGAUUUUGGCAAAUCCUGUUGCGGUAACAAACCAGCUACAAUUGUCGUGCGCGUUGGCAACAAUCGCCCUGAUCUGGGUACCAAUCCCAUCUGUAAUCGCUUCAAGGGCCUUUUGGAGGCCGGUCAACCGCUGUUCCUGCCCUGCAAUCCCCCAAUGCCUGGCGCUUUUGUUAGUGUGCAUCUAGAAAACAAUACACCGAAUCCUUUGUCCAUAUGUGAAGCCUUUGUCUAUACUGAUCAAGCGCUGCCCAUUGAACGCUGUCCAACAUUCCGAGAUCAGCCACCUGGCGCACUAGCUUCAUAUAAUGGAAAGUGCUACAUAUUCUACAACCGCCAACCGCUGAACUUUCUCGAUGCCCUCUCAUUCUGCCGGUCACGUGGCGGGACUCUCAUCAGCGAAAGCAAUCCGGCACUACAGGGCUUUAUCAGCUGGGAGUUGUGGCGACGCCAUCGCAGUGAUGUGAGUUCUCAGUACUGGAUGGGUGCGGUACGCGAUGGCAACGAUCGUAGCACUUGGAAAUGGGUAAAUGGAGAGGAAGUAACUGUCUCCUUUUGGAACCAUCCGGGAGGCGAUGAGGACUGUGCACGCUUUGACGGCUCUAAGGGCUGGCUAUGGAGCGACACAAAUUGCAAUACACUGCUUAACUUCAUCUGCCAGCAUCAACCUAAGACUUGUGGCAGACCCGAACAACCCCCGAACUCUACUAUGAUUGCCUUGAAUGGCUUUGAGGUUGGUGCUCAGAUCAAGUAUUCGUGCGACGCUAAUCAUCUGCUGGUGGGUCCGGCCACUCGCACCUGUUUGGAGACGGGUUUUUAUAACGAGUUUCCCCCGGUGUGCAAAUAUAUCGAAUGCGGUCUUCCAGCUUCAAUUGCGCACGGUUCUUACGCCUUGCUGAACAACACAGUCGGAUACCUUAGUCUUGUAAAGUACUCUUGCGACGAGGGCUUCGAGAUGAUCGGUCGCGCACUGCUCACGUGCGACUUUGAUGAACGCUGGAACGGUCCCCCACCACGCUGUGAUAUUGUUGAGUGCGAUACCUUACCAGGCAAUUAUUACAACACCAUAAUCAGUGCACCCAAUGGUACAUAUUAUGGCUCCAAAGCAGAUAUCACUUGCCCGCCAGGGUACCGAAUGGAAGGACCGCAGAUCCUCACCUGUCUUGCUAGCGGCCAGUGGAGCAGUGCCCUACCACGCUGCAUAAAAUUAGAGCCACCAACGCUAGCUGUUGCACCCUCACCCACACCCACCGUUAGAUUGCCGGCCUCCACGCCAUACCGACCCAAGCUUGUGUCCAGCACUACCCGUCCACCAUUCCGGCCGUCCUCGCCGACAACUAGCAGCACCGUGGCCACGCAUCCCAGUAGCAAUACACCCCAGGUGGAAAUCAAUGGCGAAUCUGACUCUGAAGAGGACGUCAACUUCUUGGUGCCCGGUACAGUGCGUGAAGAGUUCCCGCCACGCCGAACAGUGCGCCCUGUACUCAUUCCAAAAAAAACAAGCAGCACACCUGCCUAUACCAUCACAUCCACUGCAUCAUCUACGUGGGCCCCCACGCCGCCCCGCACCCGUCCCAGCACAGCAAUUCCGGAGACAACGACGCGCAACACACACCAGAUUAUUCUUAAUUCACAUCCGCAAGACAAUGAGAUUGCAGAUAGUGUCAACAUACGGCAAAACCAAUCACCCAAUGUCAAUGUUCCCUUCUCCGUGGACAACCCCGAACGCAAAGAGACCAAGGAAGCAAAGCUUAAUCUUGGUGCCAUUGUGGCACUGGGCGCAUUUGGUGGCUUUGUCUUUCUGGCUGCUGUCAUUACGACGAUUGUCAUCCUAGUGAGAAGCACCCCGAACAGCAAACGACGGCACAAUGCAAAACACUUUACCAAUUACCACCAUCAUCAGCAGCAGCGGCAACAACAACCUGCGCCACCGUCGCAGUACAAGCAACGCCUUCCCAGCUAUGCAACAGCCACAACCACAAGCGCCACCAGCUACGCGUCUACGGCGAAGCUGACGCGUACCAAAGCUAGCGGCUAUCCUAUAGCACCACUUCGGCUCUACAGUGCCUACGGCGGUGGCUAUGCCAGUGGCGAGGGUGGGGGCAUAGGCGUAAACAGCACCAGCUCUAGUUUUCGCUGCGAUCCGCCGCAAUCCCUGUGGUACAGCGUUCUAGCGUUGCCCUUUGACGACCAGAAGCUGGGACGCCGAGAGCUAAGCACCUACGGACGCAGCUAUCGCGCCCGGGCAGGUCUCUUUAGCAGCACUCACAAGAAUCGCACCACACAACAUUAUCGCCAUCGCGCCUCUCCGGAUUGCAACACAGUCGCCUCCUUCGACAGUUCCACCUCAGGCUCUCGCAACGGCCUGAACAGAUACUAUCGCCAGGCCUGGGAGAAUUUGCACGAGUCCGCCUCCAAGAACAGCUCACACAACGCGCUGCGCCGCAAGGAGACGCUCGAUCCGCCCAGCAUGACCCGCUCACGCGACAAUCUGCGUGACAACAUGCAGCGUUCGCGGGAGAACUUGGACAGAUGUGGUCGCGACAACUAUGGGAUGCGCGACAACUCAGAGAUGGUUGUCUCCGAUGUGUGCUUGAAGGGGGAAAAGAAGCGCCAUCACCAUCACCAUCAUAAAAGCAGCUCCCGAAAUGGAGAUUACCGCGAUCGUGACCAAUCCGCCGGACGACGCGAACACCACAGGCAUAGCAACGGCGGCGGUGGUGGAAAUGGUGGCGGCGGCCCCCACUAUUGACCAACCAUGGUCAUCACCAUCAACGUGGAGCAAUGAAAGGAGCAGAAGGAGCCUUAAGCGGACAUUGAACGUUUAAUCAUAAAGCGAUCGUGAAGCAAGCAUGGACCGAGUGCACAACAAACUUUUUUUUUAUUUUUACUUUUAAACGUUUUUUUCUUCAAUUUCAAGGCAGCCGCAUCGAGCCGCGUGUUUUUAUUUCUAAGUUGAUAGCAAAAAAUGUUAGAAAAGGUUUUAGUUCAAGUCGUUAACCAUUUAUAUACGAAUACGAAUUUUGAUUUUUUUUUUUUCAUAAUCGCUAUAUGGCUAUAUGGUACUUGUAUGUAUGUACAUAUGUAUGCACAUACCUGUAUGUACGUAUACAUGUACAUAUAAAGGUGUCAUCCACUUCGGCGCCACUCCCCGACUUUCGUGUAGGCUUCUUAUACUUGUGUACAUGUAAAUGUAUACUUAUAUUAUAUACAUAUUUAUUGGCUAGCUUCUUUAAAGUUCUUAGUUAAAAUUUUCAUCAGUAAGUUGUAGAAAGCAAGAAGGAGAAGAGGCAUCACUUGGCGCUUGAAAAGAGGCAUGGUUGGCUUAUUCUUAAAUCCCAUUAGUUAUACAUACACAUACGAGUUGUAGGCAAAAAGAGCAGAGCAAAGUAAAGCAUCACCAACACAAUAAACACCACUAGGAACAACCUUACCGACCGCUACCGCGACCGCUCGUAAACCGACCCAACAGCGGCUGAUACCAAACUAUGAGCCACUUGGUUUGGCUAAUUGCGGCACAUACAAGUACACGUAGUACACGUGCCUUUGUAUGAAAAGCCAGAAGCCAAAUCGACCUGCGCAUAGUAGUAUUAUAUGUAUAGACGCAUAGUUACAAACAAUUACUUACAUAUAUACUUAUAGUACAUAUGUAUGUAAGUAUGUAUAAACACAGACAAAAUAGUACGUAUCAUUGAAUCCCGCAAUCAGUAAACAGUUAACUGCAGACUGCAAUGAGCAUCGAAUUGUUUAUGGAAUAUUGUAGUCAGUGUGCCAUCGCAGGCAACAGUUGUUGUAGACGAGGAUGGGAGUUCAAAAUUGAUCUGCAGUAAUUGAUUGAUUGCUGCAAUAUUCGCAUAUACUAUAAUGGACAUUUUUAUGCCUAGUUAUUUUUAAAUCCCUGUUGUAUCUACAUAUUUCGAUUUAACGUUACUACAAUAGCAAAAUGUGCAUUAUUUUUUGUACUUCGUGCAUUA